CGCCCAAUGUUAGCUGGGAUUGGCUCCAGCCCCCCUGUGACCCUUAAAUGGAUAAAGCGGUAGACGAUGGAUAGCUGCCAAUCACACGCUUUCCAUGCCCCUAUGUAUACGGUGCUUUAUCAUCUAUUUUACCCACAAUUUACAAAAUGAAAAUGUGAUGUAUUUGGAGAAGACUGUAAAACUAGAGAUUGAGACGAUAUACUCCUCAGGAAAAUGUUUACCGGCGUUAUAAAUUCGUUCGAGAGUCAUUUGCUCAUAGACUUCUACAGAAACUGACUUAUUUUAUGCAACCAGUCAAAUCGCCCCCUGCUGGUCAUUUGAGAGAACACAAGUUCCAGGUACUUUCCGCUUUGGUUUCGGUGACUACGUCCAUUUCAGUCCACGGUUGUCACAGACUCGAGUCUUGUGUUCUUUACAUGCUCCUGUAUCUCUCAGAAGUAUAGUGCAGAAUCUUAAAUAUUUCCUCUUCAUUUUACAAGAUGUCACUUGUGUUUUUUAAAGGUUUUUUCUCUAAUCCUCAAAACUUUCUGAUAGUUUCCAGUUUUUACGUGAGUGAAGAGAUUUUUCUUUUGGAAACCAAUCGAGUACUCCUCAGGCUGAAGCUGUGGCUGAAGUGAUGUCUGGUUUUUCUUCCUGCUCAGCCACAGCGACCUCUCGCGGCUCCUGGCCGCACGUGUUGUCCGAGGGGCGCGUGCCAAUCCACAGGCUCCUCGCCGGCCGACGUCACGCGGCAGCGGCUGGCGGAGGGGGCGUGGCUUUGUUCUGCUGCAGCGGAGAAAUAUGACAUGGGGACGAGCGAGAGAGGAGGAGAGUGAGGGAGCCUGGUAGGAAUUAACGGUUCGUCAGAGGUCUGGACCGAGAAACGUGAACGAUGGGGAGACAUGGCUGAAUGCAGCACGGGUCUUCCUCUUCUCCGCUGCCUCUGAAGCCAUGGACUAGAGCGGAGUCUGGUCCUGACAGUCCCAUGGUCGUCAGAUGGCUUCUCAACAACCCUCAGCGAAUAUACUGAAAAUGAGAACGUGAAGGCUGGCGUCCACCAAGGCCACCGCUGCACCUUGGGCAGCGCACACACAUGACCACAUGACUCUGGACAUGGACGCGGUCCUGUCAGACUUUGUUCGGUCCACGGGGGCAGAACCGGGUCUGGCAAGAGACCUGCUGGAAGGUAAAAACUGGGACCUCGGUGCUGCUCUAAAUGAUUACGAGGAGCUCAGGCAGGUCCACACUGCCAACCUGCCGCAGGUCUUCAAUGAGGGCCGAUACUACAAGCAGCCAGAGGCGCGUGACACCCCCACCCAUGUCAGCAGGGUCGAGAGGCCGUGUGCGCAGAAGCAGGAGGACAAUGCACAAGAGAAGCGUCUGUCCCGCGGAAUCUCCCACGCCAGCUCUGCCAUCGUCUCCCUGGCGCGGCUGCAGGUGGCCAGUGAGUGUACCAGCGAGCAGUUCCCUCUUGAGAUGCCCAUCUACACAUUCCAGCUGCCAGACCUCAGCGUGUACAGCGAGGAUUUCAGGAGCUUCAUAGAGAGAGACCUGAUCGAGCAGUCCACCAUGAUGGCUCUGGAGCAGGCUGGUCGUCUGAACUGGUGGUCCACCAUGUGCACCAGCUGUAAGAAGCUGCUUCCUCUGGCCACCACCGGGGACGGGAACUGCCUGCUGCAUGCUGCCUCUUUAGGGAUGUGGGGCUUCCAUGACAGAGACCUAAUGCUGAGGAAAUCCCUGUACACCAUGAUGAAGAGCGGAGCGGAGAGAGAUGCUCUGAAGAGGAGGUGGAGGUGGCAGCAAACCCAACAGAACAAGGAGUCGGGGCUGGUGUACACUGAGGAGGAGUGGGAGAGGGAGUGGAACGAGCUGCUUAAGUUGGCCUCCAGCGAGCCUCGCACUCACCUCAGCAAAAACGGCAACACCAGUGGAGGUGUGGAUAACGCUGAGGAUCCGGUCUACGAGAGUCUGGAGGAGUUCCAUGUGUUUGUGCUGGCCCACGUGUUACGCAGGCCGAUUGUAGUGGUGGCUGAUACGAUGCUCAGAGACUCAGGAGGAGAAGCGUUUGCUCCCAUCCCCUUCGGAGGCCUCUAUCUACCCCUGGAGGUGCCUCCGAGCCGCUGUCACUGCUCCCCUCUGGUCCUGGCCUACGACCAGGCGCACUUCUCUGCACUGGUGUCCAUGGAGCAGAGAGACCAACAGAGAGAGCAAGCUGUUAUCCCUCUGACCGACUCGGAGCACAAGCUGCUGGCACUCCAUUUUGCCGUGGACCCUGGCAGGGACUGGGAGUGGGGGAGGGACGACAACGAUAAUACCAAGCUAGCCAAUCUCAUCUUGUCUCUGGAGGCCAAACUCAACCUGCUGCACAACUACAUGAAUGUAACAUGGAUUCGAAUUCCAUCUGAAACAAGGGCUCCCUUGGCUCAGCCAGAGUCUCCCACAGCCUCUGCAGGUGAGGACGUCCAGUCUCUAGCUGAGUCCAUGGACUCUGACCGCGAGUCUGUCGGCAGCAACUCUAAUGUCAACACCGGCAAGCCAAGCAAGGAGAAGGACAAAGACAAGCAUCGCAAGGACAAAGACAAGAGCAGAGCUGAUUCUGUUGCCAACAAACUAGGUAGCUUCAGCAAAACCUUGGGAAUCAAGCUGAAGAAGAAUAUGGGAGGCCUGGGCGGCCUCGUGCACGGCAAAAUGAACAAAUCUAAUUCUGGCUCAGGUCGUAGUGGGGAGAAUGGAGGGGAAAAGGCAAAGAAGAAGGAGUCUAAGACAACCAAGGGAAGCAAGGAGGAGUCAGGUCAGUCAGCAAGCUCCACCUCUUCUGAAAAGACCACUAGUCCCUCUCCCACAGACAGAGACAGACCCUCCAGCUCCUCCCCCACCGAGAGACAGGACAGUGCAGGGAGAGUCUCAGGGGACAAGACCAUGGAGAACUGGAAGUACAGCACCGAUGUCAAGCUCAGCCUCAACAUCUUGCGGGCUGCCAUGCAGGGGGAGCGCAAGUUCAUUUUUGCGGGCCUCUUGCUCACCAGCCAUAGACACCAGUUCCACGAGGAGAUGAUCAGCUACUAUCUGACCAAUGCCCAGGAACGAUUCAGCCAAGAGCAGGAGCAGAAGAGGAAGGAGGCGGAGAAGAAGCCCCCUGCCACUAACGAGGUGGCCGUGAAGAAGCCUGAGCACGAGAGUGUCUUCCAGAGGGAGAGAUCGGACAGUUCGCCUCCGGAGAGCUGCUCUCCGGUCCUGCCCCACCACACCCACACCUACAACCACAACCCACAGCCCCCACUGGGUCUCAAGAUGCAGGGCAGGAACAGUCCCACUCCUGCAGCCCCCCUUGUCUCUGUCCCAGUGCCUCCGCUCACACCGCCAACAGCCUCGCACCAUGUCUCCCACCCAGUCCCGGCCCCUGCACCUUACUCCUCCCCCAGUAUUGGUGCUAAGAGACACGGGCCUGUUCCCGUGUCUGCCCACUACAGCCAUACACCGCCCAUCCAGAGGCACAGUGUGAUUCACAUACAAGAUGUCAACAUGCAAACCUCCAUCUUCCAAGAUGACCCCUAUAAGCCCGUGGUGGGCACCCUAAAGACAUGCGCCACCUACCCCCAGCAGAACCGCACACUCUCCUCGCAGAGUUACAGCCCUGCUCGCCUGUCAGGGGUCCGCACUGUUAACACCAUAGAGACCCUGUCCUACAAUAUGCCUGGCGAACACAAGUCCCACACCUACACCAAUGGAUUCGAUGCGGGAGACAUUCAGGACUGCCUGGAGUUUGCUGAUGAGGACAACUCGUCUCACACCUGGCUCAACCAAGACAAAACCAAAGGGCGGAGCUCUGGAAGCCCUUUGUACUGCUUUCAGCAGCGCCGCUGCAAGAGGGAGAACUGCUCCUUCUACGGCAGGCCGGAGACAGACAACUACUGCUCCUACUGCUACAGAGAGGAGCUGAAACGCAGGGAGAGGGAGAGCAAAGUGCAGAGGCCUGCAUAGCCAUCACCGCCACUUCAGCCACUUGUCAGCUAGGCCACAGGAGACUUGAGGGAACGACACCAUCUGCACUCUGCAUUUCGAAAUAACGUGACGGCAAACAUUUUCCUAUUUUGUUGAAGAAUGCUCUUGUAUUCCUGUCGCCCUGCCCUUGUUAGUAAAGAGUAUUACUUUAUGAUGGGGGAAGCAGAACUUGAAACAGUGAGCAGCUUUGGCCAGAAAUUGUGCUAUUAUUUGUUGUUGUUUUAAUUUCUGUCUCAUUGAAUUUAGUCUUUUACUUGUUUUAGAGUAAAAGUCAUCUCUGUGAUGUAACUCUCUGUAUGUGAGGGAAAGUUCUUUAUUUUUCAGAAGAUUUGCAUCUUAUCUGGAGGGAACAUUUUAGCUCUUUUAAUCAGUUUUAAUGCAAUACCUCUGCUUGGUUCUUCAAAAAUCUCUGUGGGAAAUUUGUAGUUGUUUUCCAAUCAAAGUAAAUUUAAUGGGAGAUUAAUAUUAGACUUUAAAGCAAUAAAUUGGUGAUUUUUGCUACACCCUCUCCCAAUUUCGUCUAUGCACCAAUAAUAUAAUUACUGUAGGUUAUCUGUGUCUUGUAAAUUGUAAAGGAUUGUCACGGUGUGCUUUUGUAAACAAUUUGAACUACAGGAAUUAAAAUGUGUGAGCAUCAUAGGUUGUAAUGUUGGAUUAGGGUGAAAUGUAAAACUCUCAUUUCUUACGUGUUAACCUUUGUCGUUACCACAGUGCAAGGGUUCGCUGUCAGAAUUGGAUGCAAAAUAUUGUGCGAGAUAUCAUUUCUUAUGUUUUGCAUAGUCAACCUCCUUAAAACCACAAGCACUGCCAAACUGGCUUCUUUAAAAAAACAAAAAUUUGAUUCAAAUUCCAAAAUGUUUUUUUGUGCCUAAUACUGAACAAUGUGCGUAGGACAAAUUGCUUCUCAAAUAUGCAGUGUUUUAUGGUGUGUUUCUCCGAGUCGCCUAUUAACUACUUAAUUCAGUCAAUGUGUUAGAUGAGAAGAAUUGUGGGUAGUGAGAGCAGGCCGAUGCGUAUUUGUCUGAAGUGUGAUUACGUGUCUCUUCCCCCCUCUACACACGCCACACGAUGUGCAAUCAUGCUAUAAGCACUAUGUGGUGACCUGCAGUAUAGAUGUCACCAAUCUAGUGUGAGAUUGUGUGUUCUUCCAUAUCUAGAGGCCGUUAAAAGAAGCACCUGCUGCUACGAGCACCUCAAGCCUUUGUGAUCAUCAGUGCUUUAAUCAAUCAGUGGGUUUGUGAAACCCCAGGCCUCCAAGUGCUUUCUGCUCAUUCGACAUGACUACUGUAAAGACGCAGUGUUUGUGUUGCUGUUUGUCCCGGUGAUGCUUGGAUAAUGUACCAUGCUGUCCUUAACUAAGUGUGUCCUGGCCAAGGAUGUCCACUGCUCCCUCGGUUCACUUCUGUCUCUCUCUCUCUCCUGUACACAUCACAGUGUUGCUCCUCUUCGUGUCUACGUGACCAGUUCAUGGACUCCCACCAUGUUAGGACUGUAAGAUAUGAUUUUGUAUUCCUUUAAGAGUUUUACACUACUUUAAAUUAUUAAUUUGCACAUUAGGUACAGAUGUAAAUAUGAAAAAAAUAGUUUAUUGUUACAAA